AUGGCGACUAUGGACAAAGUAUUCUCGGGCUACAACGAACGCAAGGUCAUUCUCGACAAAAAAGACAAUCCAUUUGCGGACGGAGUAGCCUUUAUUGAUGGGGAGCUAGUCCCGCUGGCCAAUGCCCGCAUCCCUCUACUUGAUGAAGGGUUCCUGCACAGCGAUUUGACAUACGAUGUUCCAUCGGUGUGGGACGGACGGUUCUUUCGCCUCGACGAUCACUUCAAUCGGCUAGAGGCCAGCUGCAUCAAGAUGCGACUCAAGAUUCCAUUGCCCAGAGAAGAGGUGAAGCGGACCCUAUUGGAGAUGCUAGCUAAGAGCGGUAUCCGUGAUGCUUUUGUCGAGCUCAUUGUCACCCGUGGAAUGAAAGGCGUUCGUGGCAAUAAGCCCGAGGAUCUUCUCAACAACACCCUGUACCUGAUCGUGAUGCCAUAA